CGAGUGGCACCUCGUGUGGCUGGCAGUGCCUCGGUGGUUGCCGGAGGCUCAGAGCCUUACCUUCUGUCAGUCCGGCUCGCUUGGCGGCAAUAGGGCGUCACGUCGGUGAGAAAACAUGAGCCGAGAUUUCAAACCCGGAGACUUGAUCUUCGCCAAGAUGAAAGGUUACCCCCAUUGGCCGGCCAGGGUGGAUGAAGUUCCUGAUGGAGCAGUAAAACCUCCUAUGAAUAAAAUGCCUAUUUUCUUUUUUGGCACCCAUGAGACGGCAUUUUUGGGGCCAAAGGACAUAUUCCCUUACUCAGAAAAUAAAGAUAAAUAUGGCAAGCCAAAUAAAAGAAAGGGUUUUAAUGAAGGGUUGUGGGAAAUCGACAAUAAUCCCAAAGUGAAAUUCUCUCAUCAGCAGCCCCAUCCAGCCAUUAACACUCCUAUCAAUGAAACUGUUGAAGAAAGCAGUCAGGAGCCUGCUGAGGGGAGUGAAGAAAAAGUGGGAGCCAAGAGAAAAAAGUGUUCUGUCCCAAAAUUAUCCCCGAAAGGGGAUAAUAACUUACCUACAGAAGCUGAAACAGAAGAAAAGGAGAUGGAUACUUCAAAGGAAGAUGAUCUGCCUUCUGACAAAACCAGUAAAGAAGAUGUGGUGAAAACAAAUGAUGCUUCUAUUCCUAAAGUUGCUAGAAGAGGAAGAAAAAGAAAGUCUGAAAAACAAGCUGAAGCUGAAGAAGUAGCAGCAGGGGCAGCAACAACUACUGGGCCAGUGUCUCCAAAAGUAAGCCCCAAAAGAGGAAGACCAGCAGCUUCUGAAGUAAAAGUCCCCAAACCAAGAGGGAGACCCAAGUUGGUGAAACCAUCAUGUCUUUCAGAGGGUGACUUUGUUAAUGAGGAGGAGAAGGCAAAGAAAAAAGGACCAGAAGAAAAGCCCAAAAAGCAAGGGAAAAAAGAUGAGGAAAGUCAGAAGGAAGAGGAGAAAUCAAAGAAAGAAUUUGAUAAAAAGGAAGGAAAGAAAGAAACUGAACCAAAAAGGAAAAAUAUUGCAAAAGUGGGUUCUGCAUCAGCUUCUGAUUCUGAAGAUGAAGGAGAAGAACAAGAAGGGGACAAGAAGAAAAAAGGGGGAAGAAGCUUUCCAGCAGCUCACAGAAGAAACACUGUAAGAAGCCAGCAUGAGAGAGAAGUAACGGAAAGAAAGCGUAAGCAAGAGGAACAGACAGAACCUGAAUCGCAGAAUAAAGAAGAAGGCAAGAAAGCAGAAGUUAAGAAGAUUGAGAAGAAGAGAGAAACUUCAGUGGAUUCUAGGCUUCAAAGGAUACAUGCAGAAAUAAAGAAUUCCCUGAAAAUUGAUAACCUUGAUGUGAACAGGUGUAUUGAGGCCCUUGAUGAGCUUGCAUCACUUCAAGUCACAAUGCAACAAGCUCAGAAACAUACAGAGAUGAUCUUAACUCUCAAGAAGAUCCGGAAGUUUAAAAUCAGCCAAGUUAUCAUGGAGAAAUCUACAAUGCUAUAUAACAAGUUCAAGACCAUGUUUCUUGUUGGGGAAGGAGAUUCUGUUCUUUCCCAAGUACUAAAUAAAUCACUUGCUGAGCAAAAGCAGCAUGAAGAAGCUAAUAAAACCAAAGAACAGGGGAAGAAAGGAUCAAACAAAAAAACUGAAAAGGAAAAAGACCAAACAGGUUCAAAGAUUCUGAAUGGAGGAUCUGAAGCCCAGGACACCAACCAGUCACAACACAACGGAGAAAAUGCUGAAGAAAAGAAAGAUAGGCAUGAAGUUGGCAGUAAGAAAAAGUGACAUGUGGUGGA